AUCAAAUCCCGAAAUCGGAGAAGAAAAACCGCGACUUGCGUGCGCGGGCGACCUGCGGACACGAAUGUCGUCCAAAAAUCUAUCUCUCAAGAGUUGGGGGUACUCUGAUGGCCGCGGAUCAGAGUUGGGGUCUUCUGAUUGGCCUCCGAUCAGAACCCCUCCCGGGGUGUUCUGAUGGAGGUCUUCUGUCGCGCUUCUGAAACGUUACAACAAUUAAUACCCAACGUUCUUAUCUUUUAAUGCAGCGUUAAAUGGACAGUUCAUGGACGAUUCAAUGCCCAACGGACUGGUCAUUGAUGUCCAACGUUCAGGUCCAUUAAGUCACCAUUUACACACAACAAAUCCUCCUAUAUAAAGGCUGGCAGGUGGUUUGCAACAAGACACGUUCUUACACGAUUGUAUACGGUUUUAGCUCUAAAAACACACUGCUAGCACCGUGGGAGGCAACAAAUACGUUUUAAGGACAUCGUGCGUAGCACGAGCUUUGACUAAUUCUGCUUCAUCUCCUUUCUUGUUUUUCUCUGGUCAUUUUAUUUAAUUAAUUUAUUUUAAUUAAUUUUCUUUAUUUUCCGAAACACACCCAACAGUGAAAAAAGAGGAAGCCUCAGGGGACACAAAAAGAAGGCGAAUUUGGGAAGACUCGGAUAAAGAAGAUGGCCGGUGAGGGUGAAGGCAUGGCUCUAGAUGGAUCAAAAAAUGGGGCGGCGGCGGGUCUAGCUUUCUAGGCCCGCCGAGAUUCUGUGUUAUGGUGCUGGUGGUUAAGACCAAGGAUGGUGUUAUUUUACUUUUUUGUUUUGUUUGCUGUUUUCGGAACUCAGUUGUUAUGUCUUAUUUUUGCUAUUUUAUGUCUUGUAAGACUAUUGCAUUAGGUUGGGGUUUUGAAAGUUCUGUGGUAAUCGUCAUUGGCUCACAAUUGCCCAAUCUCGGUCUAGCGAGUUAUACUGCUUUUGUACAGGUGGUUAACUCUCAGUCUCGGUCACGAGCAGAUGAUUACUUGCGGUUCUUUUAUUAUCUUGUGUCCUUUCUGAAUGCUACUUUCAUUGACAUGUAUUAAGCCACUUUCAAUAAAAAAAAGAAAUUAAAGAGUAAUUAAAAAGUUUCUCAUUUAAAACUCAUGCCAGUGUUGGGAUUAGAUUAGAAAACACACCAAAAAUGAAAUGAGAGUAAGAAUAUCCAUAUAGGUGACAACUCUGGUACCCAUUAAAAAAAUGGGGUAAUGUACUUACCAUGCAUUUGAUUGGUCCAAAUCAUUAUAUCCCUUUUAAUUUAGAUUUAAAUAAUUCAACUACAUCAUUCUAAUUGGUCCAUGUAGGCAAAGGUAUGAUACCUUAUGGGUACCAUAGAAUCUACCAUCCAUAUAUACUUAUUCAAACUUGAAAUAUACGGAGUAAGAGAUAAUCAUGAACUUAUACAUAUCCAUCCCCUGCUGUGUCCAUCUGUCUGACCAUCGCCAACUUGCAUUUGUUUAAAAAUAAUAAACUUUAUAUCAAGAUAAAAAUGUAGAAAACAGCUUACCAGAAGUAGUAAAAUUAAAGAUUUCUUUUUAUUUUAUUAAACUUCAAAUAAGGGCAUCCACAAGUCCAAGUAGGGCAGUAGUAUUGGGAAACAUUAUACGUAGAAUAAGCCAAAACAAAAACAAAAAACAAAUACUUCGUCUAUGACUUAUACCGGCCAGAGACGUGUCUCUAAUCUCUGCUCUCUAUACAAGUUGUGGUGGUCAUCCAUUCCCCCAUUGAUCUUGCAAAAGCAAACAAAAUAUAUCAUUGAUUCUGAAUAGAAUCAGGGGCGGAUCCAGGACACUGGGCCGGACUGGUACCAAAAAUAUUUUUGAAGAAAAAUUUGGGCUGGAUCAUGGUCAGGGAUGGCCACCCCCGCCCCUGAAUAGAAUAUAUAAUAUAUUUGGACUUCUCUCAAAAAAAUAUUUGCACUUUGGUCAUAAAUUGACUUAGAUAAAAACGUUGCAUGCAAAUACUUUCCGGCGUAAGAGUUGAAUCAUUAAGUUAACAAUGCUGGACGUGUCCCCAUCUCCGGCGACGGGUAACUUAAGAUGAAAUCAGAGUGCGUGGCAAAGAGCUGACGGAAAGAGUUCCAAUGGGGUGCACCGACGGGUUCCCGGACUUUACCGGCGACAACUACAUGCUGGACAGCCUCGACUUCGACGAACUCCUCAUGGUGAUCAACGACGGUGAACUGGUGCUGCCGGAUUUGAAGACGGAUCCGGUGGCACUGCUCUCAGUCGCCGGCCAGACGAAGGAUGAUGAAAGCGCCACCGCCACCAGUACAUUUGUGUUUGGUGACGUGGCGGUGGAAGAUACAACGUUGACCAGGACGCCAGAAGCUAAUACGAAGAAUGUUUUGGGUCCGUCUAGUUCUGGUUCGGACCUUGGGUCGGGCCUCACAAGCUCGAACCUAGGAGAAGAAACAAUGUCGAAGUGUGCGUAUAGGAAGAAGUCCUUGGCGCAACCGAAGAACAGCUGACAAGGAAAGAGGAAAGUUAAGGUGGAUUGGACGCCAGAGCUGCACAAAAGGUUCGUGCAGUCGGUGGAGAAGCUAGGUUUGGAUAAGGCAGUCCCUUCAAGGAUUUUGGAGCACAUGGGGGUUCAAUGUCUCACUCGUCAUAACAUUGCCAGUCAUCUUCAAAAGUAUAGAUCCCACAAUAAACAUUUGCAAGCGAGGGAAGCGCAUCUAACGAGGAAGUGGAACCGAAUGCCGAAAAUGGGAAGGAAAAGAGGAAUAAAACCUUCGUGGGUUUCACCACCAGUGGGCUUCUUCCCUCCCCAAACGCCACAUGUCAGCCCUUUGCAUGUGUGGGGUCAUCCAUUUCUUAGCCAAUCACUAGGGCACAUGUGGCUUAACCAUUUGGUAGCUCCUUCUUGGUCUGCUCCGGCGGCAUGGUCAUUCGCGGCGACUCCGCCACCACCACAAACUGACUUUUCCUUUUGGCAUUCCUACAACAACGAAUGUCGACGUGGAGCUGCUGUAGUAUCCGGCACUGACCAUCUACCCAUGUAUGGAUUACACCCCAGCUGCGUUGGUGUCCCCGCUGCCCAAACUAUUCCUACGCCCCCGCUAGACUCUCACCCGGCCAAGGAGAUGAUAGACACAGCUAUUGGAGAUGUUUUAUCAAAACCAUGGCUGCCACUUCCAGUAGGGUUGAAACCUCCAUCCAUAGAUUCUAUUAUGAAGGAGUUGCAGCGCCAUGGAAUAUCUAUGGUGCCCACCCCGCGCUGCCGCCGUGUUUGAUCAUCGGAUGAUUACUGUGCGGGCGCUCGAACUUUUUUUGAGGUUUUUUCUGGCCAAAGAAAUUGAAAAAGCCUUCCAAUUUGACGACAUUUCAUACCCUUUAAUUAGAUGAAGUUGAAAUGCAGUUUUUGCCCCACUUUAUUUAGCUUCUCCUAAUUUUUGCCAUGUUCUUGUUCAUGCAUGCAUGUGCAAGAACAUUGUUAACAAUGGGGUUGUAUCGCUUGGUAUUUAUCUCACUGUCUUUGUGUUAUUAACUCGAUCCGAUCAGCUACGUACUAUAUUCUCUAAUAAAAUCUUGUAAAUGUUUUUCCGG